AUGGUCAAACGGGGAGGAAUGAUUUGCGUAACGGAAGGGGGAGAAGAAACAUUGAGAAACUGUUGGUCUUCGAGUCAACUCAUCAACAUCAACUUUUCAGCUUAUCAACAUCAACUAAUGGAUCCCUUGUUGGUGAUCGAGGCCAAAGAUGUUCUGGAGGCUCAAAAAUCAACGGAUUUCCAUCGGCCCAAGAAAUGGUUGGGCAUGCUGCCCAAUCCAGAUCUUGUUGAAAGAGGCGCCGAUGCCCGACUUAGCCAGGUCACCAAUGGUUUAGCGGUAGCACUACGGGAAAACGAUCCGCCAGCCAUCGAAUUCUACUGUGCAGCUAUGAAAAGUUACAUCUUCCGUUUCUCCUUUCGUCUUCCGAAAAAAAUGAUCACCGAUAUGGUGCCGCUUCUCGUUCAAUCAGCGACAAUUCCUGCACAGCCUCCCAGCCUCGUUUAUGUCAUUUUCGAGACCAUACAAACACUUUUACAAGAAUCGGGACUAACUCGAUCCGAUAUGAUCAUUUCGAUGAAGCCACUUUUCGAUAUGUUGAGCGGCAUAAUCUUUGGCAAGAAAGAAUCUCAAAGAAUUCUCUACUCAAAAAUUUCCGAUCCGCUAAUUUCACUGAAGAAAUUCUACUCUCUACAAGAUGUUGAAGAGCUCUGGAAAGAAAAGAUCUUACCUCUGUUGUCACCGAUGGUGCAUGGGCGACAGAUCAGCAUUUUUUUCCUUAUCUUCAUGCCGACUGAUCUCACUCAAGAAGAACACCGAGUCUACGGCGCCAGUCAAUGGUUUCCGAUGAUUUGGAAUCUCUUCUCGUCGUGCAAACGAAAAAGUCAAUGGACAAUCAAACUUGUUCGGAUCUUUUACAAACUGGAACGUGACUGCCCUGGACUAAUAGACUGGCGAAAAUAUGAUGAAGAGCUUUUCUCGUGUGUAUUAAAAUGCUUUCAGGGACAUCAAAAGGGUUCAAAUAUCGAUCGAAUCACUUUGGCCACCAAUUUGGCCCAUUUGAUAGCAUACCGGCUGGGUGGAGAUCACUCGUGUUUCUCCCAUCUUCAACGAAUUCUUCGUUUUGUCGGCCCACUCAUGCAUCCAUCUAGCGACGUGGAUCACACGGAUAUCAUUUUCACAUUUUUGCAAGAGUUAACGAAGAAGAUGUUAGGCCGAUAUCGACGAGAGCGAAUCAAGAAGCACACCGUUCAUCUCAGAUCAUCAGAAUAUCACUUGGGCGAUGAAGACUUGAAAACGAUCGUUUCUUCAAUUCUCCCAAUCAUCCUUCCAAGCAUUUUCGAUAAGAGUCACAGAACGGAACCAGCCAUAAUUCUGAAAUAUUUGGCGACAUUUGCACCAGAUAUGGUGCUUCCGGAGAUUCUCAAAAUCGUUUUUCCCUCGUUAAAGGCCAACUCGGAACCUCAUCGUCUAAAGCAGUCGCUCAGAUGUCUUGAGCAAGUCAUCCUGCUUCUUUGUCAAGAAAAAUCGGAAAUGCCAACCAAUUUCCCAGCUUUGAUUGAUCAAAAGGAGAUUCCGAAUAUUUCCAUCAGAUGCCAUGUCAUCUUUCUUUUGGAAGGAUUACUAGAAGGAUUGGACAUCAACGACCUCGGGAAAACCUAUCUCGUCGUUCAAAUCAUGUCCAACAUUUUCUAUUUGGUGCCAACGGUGGAUUGCACUGCUUUGGCUGAAAAUGAUGAUCCAAAGAUCGCAUUAACCAAAGAAGAGCGAACCCUUUGUCGGCUGACAGCUCGACUACCAAAAAUUGCUGAAAAUGUCUUGGAAAAGAUUCUAUCAAUCGUUGAAGGGAUGGGAGAGGAUUUGCAAAGGAGUGACGAGUGUGAGAUUGGGGCCGACAGCGAAAAAAUGGUACGAAACGAGGCUUUUCUCCGUGAUGACAUCGAUAAACUUUUCUCCGCUCUUUUCAGCAAUGCAUCAAAGCAAACACGAGUGAAACACGCUCACCGAAUUUUUCUCUUUGUCCGAUCGACAGUGAUCGCUCCAUCAGCUGCCGCAAAAAUCACGCAGACUUUGGUCCGAUUGACGACAUUUUAUGUGCCCGAAGUAGCUGAAGAGCUGUCGAUGUUGAUUUGUGACAAAGUGAUCGAGGAACUCGACGAGUUCACUAAAUCGAGAGCCGAAAAGAGCAAUGGCGCUCUGCAAUGGUGGUCUGGGUUGUUCGAAUCUCUUUUAAGUAGAUACUACCAUUUGGUGAAUGAGAAGACCAGAGAGAAGAUGCUCAAAGUGAUUGAUGAUCUCUUAGCGAAAACGGAUCAGCCACUUUAUGAGUCAGGAAUCAAUGCUUUGGGUGGAUAUUUAUGGUGUACUUCCCAAAGUCGAGAGGCUGGAUAUUUGGCGAUUUAUGCCGAAAUCGACAAGCCUAUCGAGGAAUGGAUUCCAGUCCGCCAUUGGGGUGAACUUUUCGAUGAAGAUCAUCAAAAAGCCCAUUGGAACGUCCCAACCCAGGCUAAAAUUGAUUUCGCACAAUUCAUCAUCAACGAUUAUUUCAAGAAAGCGGUUCAACGCCUAAAAAACUCGAAAGAUGCUGAUAGCAAAGCGCUUCGUCGCGAUAUUUGCAUCGUUCGUUCCUUGUUUGACACUUCGAAAGUUCUACUACCAUCAAUUAGAAACGUUGAAAUUUUGAUGAAAGAGGAUGAUGAGAUGAUGAUUCCUCUCUUUGUUCCAAGGCCAACAAUCUCCGAACAUGCAUUGACUUUGGACGGCGAUGACAUCCGUGAAGCCUUCAUCGGAGCAAUGGAAGUGCUCAUUGAUCAGGAAUUAGAGGGUCGAAAAGACGAGGCUCAGCUCCGUCUCCAAAUCGCCCAAUCGCCACUCACGGCCACCAAUUCAUCUAUGGAUUUUGGGGAUAAUGUCACUAACCAACGAGAUACGGUAAAGGAAUUGAGGGCUCGGAUUCAAUGUGAAAUUCAUCUCAGUGAGAGGGCACCUUCAGCUCUUGUGAACGCCAUUUUGGAAUUGAUGCAUGCGGAAUACAAAUACUUUUUACCCGAUGGUCUUUUCACUUCAUUUCAUCUACGCGUUCUUCGAAUCCUUGUCAAAUGCUCUUUGAGUAUUUACAAAGAGGCGCGUCGAAAAGCUCGAAAUGAUCUCGUCACUAUGUGUGAUUCUCAUCAAGAAGCAAAACAAUAUGUCAUUCAACCGGUGAUCGAUGUGCUCGAAGCUGUUGAGAAAAACGAUGAUCAAAUUGUAAAGGCUGCCCUUCAUCUGAUUUGCGAUCUCAAACUGGCCGCCCAUCCACAAGCGAAAUAUCGUAAUGAGAUUUGGAAGGCUCUCCUUGAGAUGACCGUCAAUAAUCGGCCGAGUAUUAUCCGGGCUCUAGGACAAAUUCUAGAGGAUAUCUCCGAAAUGUCACCAUUACCUCAAUCGGGUUAUCCCUCAUCACCUAUAAAAGAAGAAAGAGAAAAAGCGGAGAAAAUCCUUUCUUUCGAUGCUCAGAAAUUUUGUGAUCAACUCGAAAAAGACGAUCUCUGGACGUUCUACAAAAUGGAAGACUUCCACAAUCGAUACAAAGAGUAUCAGAAAAAGAAAAUAGUUGAAGAGAUCAGAUCCAAUGAGGAGUUUACGAAGAAGUUGCUGAAUUCGUGUGACUCGACGUUGAUCCAUGCGAUGCAGCGGGAGCUAGCCCAGCAAAUGCUCUUGGCCACUCAUCACUUUUUACCAACACCGGCUGUGCUCAAGGUUUUCUUGGCCUACACAAGCCAUGAUCAGAGCCACACUCGGUGCGUUGCCUGGCAGUCUAUCAAGCUAUGGCUAAAGAUCAACAAGCCAAAGAUGAAAAAAAUCGAGUGGACGGGACCUGAAAGGAAUUCAUCAAUUUCCCCAUUCGCUUGUGGUAUUCGAUCAGACAAUCAAUUUGCUGCUUAUGCCGUCGAAAGAUUGCCUAAAGAUGAAGAAACAUGGAACAAGACGAUUUUCAUCAAAAAGCGCCAUGGUGGCUACAAAUGGCCAAGUUCUCCGAUUAAAGUGGAACAAGGCGGUUGUGGUUUGGCAGAGUCCAAAGUGCCCGAAUUCGACUCUGUGAUCAUCGAGUUCUUCACGAAUUCCGAAAAUAUCAAAAAGCUCAUGAAAAUUUGGACGGUCAACACAAAUGGAAAAGUGAACAAUUAUCUCUGGAGGAGUGAGCACAAUCAUGUGGCGACGACGAUCAAAUACCUCAUUCGAAACUAUGAACCCGUGGAUGGGAUACAAGAGAUCUUUACCGAUAAUCUGAAGAAAUUGAGGACCAAGAAGAAAAAAGAAGAGCAACGCGUCGCCUUCGAUCUCUUUUACGGAAUUGUCAAGGGUUCUCGUCAUCACUCGUUCUCUCGCCUUGAAAAGCUUUGGUCAUGGCUUGCCCCAUCUUUUAUCACUCUUCUCGAUAACAUUCAUUCAGAUGAAAGUAAAGAAACGGAAAAUUAUGGAAAUAAUACAAUUAAAUUGCUUUUCAAAAAUGAAGAUCUACGUCGUUUCUGGUGGCUCAUCGAAGCCCUUGUUGAGUCGAUCAAUUCGACGAAAACUUUCGAGAACAGCUGGCACUAUGCUUUUAAAACGAAGCUUCUCUCGAUGAGCACUUGGAGGGAAACUGAGCUCCGAAAUCGGCUGAUUGAUCGGGCUCUCGAUUUUCUCCCAAUUACUCGAAAAACUGGACAACGAGAAGGAAUCGUCAAAAUUCUAACUGAUGCAAUUCGAUGUGGAACGGAUAAUAUCGGAAAUGACUUUUCAACGAUCCCAUCCACUUUCCAACUUGGUCAAAUUGAUCAAUGGAUUGAAGUGAUCUAUCGAAAGCUGGCCGAUCUUCUUCGAAAUGUGGAGAAAUCCAUUGACUUUCCUAAACUUUCAUCGGAAUUGGCCAAACUUGAAAUUGAUGGUGGUAUUGAUUGCAAAUUUGAGCAGCAUCUGAAGGAAUUGAACCAAGGUUCACCAAUUUCUAAUGAUGGGCUUGAAGAUUCAAUAAGUUUCAAGGGUUUGCCUACACCUCCCGAAGAGAAAGACGAGAACUUGUCACCUGAUUUCGUCACCGAGUUGUCAGAGAAGUUGAGCGAGACUCAACUCGAUGUAGCUCACAAGAAACCAAAAGUCUCUCCUCUUGCAUCACCGGUGUCUCUUGAUUUUACGAUUUCUCCUCUCGAAUGCACAUCCCUUAUCGAGAUCAUUCAAGGGAAUCAAUGUGAUAAGGCGAUCACCUACAUCCGUACACUCGUCGAACUGUUGACCGCCUAUUACAAAAAUUCGGUGUUCGGAACUAACGAAGCGAUCCUCUCAACUCUUCCAAUGAUCCUACAAAUAUCUUGUGAUGAGCCUGAUCGAUACCUUGUACUUGUUGGUAGCGACUUGAAGCAAUUGGCGUGUACCCUUGCUUUCGAGUACAUCGCUUCACACAUCGAUAAAAAACAUACUGAUUUAAUGCUUCAAACGCUUGAAGAGACUUUCAACUCGAUAACUCUAUGGAAAGUGAAACGAGGAGUGCUGAAAUUCUUGAGAGUGGCUAUCAUCGGCAAUUUAUUUGCUUUUGCAGACAAAAAUCAAGAGCAACGAGUGCUGGGAAUUGUUGUAAAAGGACUUACAGACGUUCAGCCAGAAGUGCAGGGGAAAGCUGUAAAGUGUUUGAUGAAUUUGGCCUAUUCAGGAUAUUUCGAAGUCGAUCAUCGAUUUUUGGAAAUCUUCGCAAAUUUGUGUACUUCAUCGAUCAAAACGAUCUCCGAUGGUGGCCUCCUCGCCUAUUGUGCUAUUGUUGAGGCUUUUCCAUUCAGUUGUCCACAAUUUCUCCCAAAGUUGAUCACGAAAUUGUGCUCUUUGCCAGCAAAUCCUCAAAGUCAAGUCGUUAAGAAAUUCAUCGCGAAAGCUCUCCGUGAUUUCCGUUUCACUCAUCGAGAAUGUUGGGAUGAGACAAAAAGGGUCCUUGGGAUCGAUCUACUGUAUCAAGUGGAGAACGCCUGUGCACCCAGCUAUUACGCU